AUGCAGAAUGAGGUUGAGGAAGAACAAAAUGAUAGGGAAGAUGUGAGUGUUGAAGAGAAUGAGGUUGAGGGAGAACAAAAUGAUAGGGAAGAGGUGAGUGUUGAAGAGAAUGAGGUUGAGGAAGAACAAAAUGAUAGGGAAGAGGUGAGUGUUGAAGAGAAUGACGUUGAGGAAGAAAAAAAUGAUAGGGAAGAGGUGAGUGUUGAAGAGAAUGAGGUUGAGGAAGAACAAAAUGAUAGGGAAGAGGUGAGUGUUGAAGAGAAUGAGGUUGAGGAAGAACAAAAUGAUAGGGAAGAGGUGAGUGUUGAAGAGAAUGAGGUUGAGGAAGAACAAAAUGAUAGGGAAGAGGUGAGUGUUGAAGAGAAUGAGGUUGAGGAAGAACAAAAUGAUAGGGAAGAGGUGAGUGUUGAAGAGAAUGAGGUUGAGGAAGAACAAAAUGAUAGGGAAGUGGUGAGUGUUGAAGAGAUCUCAAUCUCGUCCUUGGCCGGUGGGAGGUGGGUACUAGGUGGUUGGAAUGAGGUUGAGGAAGAACAAAAUGAUAGGGAAGAGGUGAGUGUUGAAGAGAAUGAGGUUGAGGAAGAACAAAAUGAUAGGGAAGUGGUGAGUGUUGAAGAGAAUGAGGUUGAGGAAGAACAAAAUGAUAGGGAAGUGGUGAGUGUUGAAGAGAAUGACGUUGAGGAAGAAAAAAAUGAUAGGGAAGAGGUGAGUGUUGAAGAGAAUGAGGUUGAGGAAGAACAAAAUGAUAGGGGAGAGGUGAGUGUUGAAGAGGCAGGUCAUCUUCAAAAUGAGGUUGAGGAAGAACAAAAUGAUAGGGAAGAGGUGAGUGUUGAAGAGAAUGACGUUGAGGAAGAAAAAAAUGAUAGGGAAGAGGUGAGUGUUGAAGAGAAUGAGGUUGAGGAAGAACAAAAUGAUAGGGAAGAGGUGAGUGUUGAAGAGGCAGGUCAUCUUCAAGUGGGUACUAGGUGGUUGGGUAAGAGGUGGGGUAUGAAUAUGGCUCGUGAGGAUAGGAAUGAGGUUGAGGAAGAACAAAAUGAUAGGGAAGAGGUGAGUGUUGAAGAGAAUGAGGUGGAGGAAGAACAAAAUGAUAGGGAAGAGGUGAGUGUUGAAGAGGCAGGUCAUCUUCAAAUCUCAAUCUCGUCCUUGGCCGGUGGGAGGUGGGUACUAGGUGGUUGGAAUGAGGUUGAGGAAGAACAAAAUGAUAGGGAAGAGGUGAGUGUUGAAGAGAAUGAGGUUGAGGAAGAACAAAAUGAUAGGGAAGAGGUGAGUGUUGAAGAGGCAGGUCAUCUUCAAAAUGAGGUUGAGGAAGAACAAAAUGAUAGGGAAGUGGUGAGUGUUGAAGAGGUAGGUCAUCUUCAGAAUGAGGUUGAGGAAGAACAAAAUGAUAGGGAAGAGGUGAGUGUUGAAGAGAAUGAGGUUGAGGAAGAACAAAAUGAUAGGGAAGAGGUGAGUGUUGAAGAGAUCUCAAUCUCGUCCUUGGCCGGUGGGAGGUGGGUACUAGGUGGUUGGAAUGAGGUUGAGGAAGAACAAAAUGAUAGGGAAGAGGUGAGUGUUGAAGUGGUGGGUAGUAGGUGGUUGGGUAAGAGGUGGGGUAUGAAUAUGGCUCGUGAGUAUAGGGAAGAGGUGAGUGUUGAAGAGGUAGGUCAACAAAAUGAUAGGGAAGAGGUGAGUGUUGAAGAGGUAGGUCAUCAAAAUGAUAGGGAAGAGGUGAGUGUUGAAGAGGUAGGUCAUCUUCAAGUUAGGGAAGAGGUGAGUGUUGAAGAGAAUGAGGUUGAGGAAGAACAAAAUGAUAGGGAAGAGGUGAGUGUUGAAGAGAAUGAGGUUGAGGAAGAACAAAAUGAUAGGGAAGAGGUGAGUGUUGAAGAGAAUGAGGUUGAGGAAGAACAAAAUGAUAGGGAAGAGGUGAGUGUUGAAGAGAAUGAGGUUGAGGAAGAACAAAAUGAUAGGGAAGAGGUGAGUGUUGAAGAGAAUGAGGUUGAGGAAAAACAAAAUGAUAGGGAAGAGGUGAGUGUUGAAGAGGUGGGUACUAGGUGGUUGGGAGUUCUUCUUGACAAGGUGGAGGUGGGUGUGCAUAUAGUGGUGGAUGAUGGCUAUGCAUAUAAGAGGUGGAAUAAUGGUAUGGUUUAUGGGUGUGGUUUACAUAUGAAGAUGGAUAAGGAUAUGGAGAUGCUGAGUAGUGGUAUGGUGGUGGAGGGUAAACAUAGGUAG